CAAAAGUCGAAUGACGUCAAAUACAACAAAAUGGCGGUAGAUUUGCUAGAUUCGUGACAGUAAUGCAGAGUUUUGAACGAAGAAAGUGUUUGCGACAAAGGAUCUUUUGAGUGGACAACAUGACGGAACCCAAGAGACUUCCAUUUACCACAGUUACUGAUUCUGAGAAGGAGAAAAAGUCGAAAAAGGACCCUCCAACUGUCCGUUUCAGUUUGUCCCUCAACACUCCGAACGAACAACAGUGCUCAGAGUUUUCUUAUGCAGAUUUACUGAAAAAGUCACUGGGGGAGAAGAAGCCAGCAGAAAAUGGGGAUGAUCCUUUUGGUGAAGAUGAAGACGCUGAAGCUAUGGCGGCCAUUGCAAAGAAAUUUGAAGAGAAAUAUAAUCCAAAGAACACAAAAUGGAAAAAGAAACAUGGCCGUAUACAAGACUAUGUUGACCUUGGUGAUGGGUAUGAUGAAAAUGAUGAGUUUAUUGAUAAUUCAGAAGCUUAUGAUGAAGUGGUACCAGCCUGCUUAACAACCAAACUUGGAGGAUUUUAUAUAAACUGUGGAAAAUUAGAUUUCAAAGAGUUAUCAGACGACUCAGAUGAUGAUUUCAAACUAGGAACUCUCAAAAAGAAAAAGAAGAAAAGGAGAAUAGAAUCUGACUCUGAAUCUGAUGGAGAAAAGAAAGAAACCAAAAUAAAAAAAAGAAAAAUAAAAGAUGGUAUUGAGGGAGGAGGAAAGAAAAAGAAGAAAUUACUAAACGGAGAAGGAAAAGAAUUUAAGAAACCAAAGAAACCAAAUCCUGAUAAAUCCAAAAAGAAAAUGUCACCAACUGUGGCUGAGUUACUAAAACAACAAACAGAAUCUACGGCUGGUGGAGAAUCAAAUAUGAACGGGAGAUUAACCCCCAAUGUUAAUAGUCAGUCGUCACAGGAAGGAUCAUCACAAGAUGAAGGUAUAGAUUCUGUGAUAGAUUCUGUCAUAGCCAUGAGUAAAGGUGACAAGCUGGAUGCUGUGUUUGAUUCAGUGAUCGGUAUGACAGACUCAAACAGCAAAGAUGGCAAUGAAGAGAAAAAACCUGAAUCUGCACCAAAGCUACCGGACGGACUCAAACCAGAAUUUCUUCAAAUUAUUGAUAAACUGAAAGAGACUGCAAAGAGUUCUAAUGUUAGCAAAGGGAAGUUUUUCAAUGGAGAAGUCAGUGAAAUGCUUUUAGAUAUUGAACUGACAACAAGACAGUUACCCUGCAGUCAGAGAUCUGUUAUAUUUGGACAUUUAGCCUGGUUCCUACCCUGUACCAAAGAUACUUUACUGAAGAGAGCUAAGAAACUGAGGUUAGAUAGACAAGAAGAUCAACUGAAAGGACCCUUACAGAAACUUAAAGAUGCUAUUGCAAGUGUUAUGCCUGCGCAACAAGAGAAGCAUGAUGCAGAAUUUCAGAUUUGGAAGCAGAAGCAGGCAGAAACUGAUGCCAACAAACCAGAGGAUAAUAAACCUGAGGGUAAAGAUGGGGAUACUGAGGACUCGGAGGAGGAAGGGGAAAAAUCAAAUGCAACAAACCAGGAACCUACCAAGAAAAAGGUGGCAGCACCAAAGAAAAAAUUUGAAUGGAAUGAAAAUCUUAGGGCAUUGUUGUGUGAUGUUGUUCGGGUUAAGAUGAAGAUAUAUAAUUACAUGAAAACAAGAACACAGACAGCUGAGGAAUACCUAAAGACAUUUAUAGAAAGAGAGGUCAAAAUAUUAUGGCCUAAAGGAUGGAUGCAAACCAGUGUUCUAUUCAAAGAAAGUAGAGCAGGACAUGUAGCCUGGACAAACCCACCAAAGAUCAAGAAAGUGCCAGUAAUAAACAAAACAUCAAUUUCUGCUGCCAACACACCAGCCAUGACACCCAAGCAAGGAAUAACCCCUUCUAGUGCCCCUCUGAUGGUAACAAAACAAGGUGUUACUCCACUUAGUGCACAAGGACUAUCCCAGAAACCUGUUGUUUUCCCAGGAAAUACCCCAGUGAGACCCCCAGGUUCAGGGGACGCUGGUAAAAUCAUUCCCACCUUAUUAGAUUAUGCAAAUGAUCAGUCAUCUUCAUUGGCAAAAUCUGCAGCAGACAAGAUGACACCAGGAAAUAAGGAGAAAACAGGAAGUAGUGUUAGUGGAACUUCACCUGGACUCUCACUCUUGGCAUCCUCGGCAGCAUCUCAGAAAUACAUAGGUGAUAGAUCUUGGGAUCAUGUGGUCUCUGAUAUUUUAAGAUCAUCCCUAACAUCUCCAACCUCAGGACAAAAUACAAAUAAUAAUAACAGCCUUGCAGCACUUCAGUCUGAGAGUAAGAAGGAUUCAACUUUCCUUAAACAGUUUCAGAAUUAUGCAUCUUCUGUGUUUCAACAUCAGCUGGUUAAAGAUGAAAGCAAAACUUCACCAACAAAAAGUCACCAGCAGCAUGCAGUUCAGUCAUCUCUACAGAUAAAACCACAGGAUGCCCAUCAAAUGGUUCAAAAGUUGAAAGCAGCACAGGCACCAAAGCAAUCCCCAACUCCAGCACAUCAAAAGCAAGUGACUAACGCUCAGUUAGCGUCGUAUCUAACUCAGAAGGCUGCAUCAGGGAACAUUACAUCAUUGAUAAAUCAAGAUGCAUAUAAACAAUUUCUUGAAAGUCGAGAAAAACAAAUUUCUCAAAUUCAUCAUGGAGAUGGAAAGCCAAAAACUGUUGUUACUCAGCGAGUGAAUAAACCAAAAACAAUAGUAGUGCAUUCCGGGAAUUCCGUUCAUGGAAGACCGGCAGUUACGACAAAAUAUUCUCCACCAAACAUAGGAAAUAAUAGUUUAGAUAGUGCUAAAAAACCAACAUUGAUGCGUUCAAUAUCUCAGGGUUCAGUAUCCAUGCAAACAGGAAACCAGAUUCAGGGAUUAAGAAUAUCACCAACGUCAGCACACAUAUCAGCUCAUCACGUCUCCCCCUUGGCAUCCCCAGGGGGAGGACAAAGACAGUCACCCUCUAAAUCUGGUGGCAGCUAUCAUAGUCCACAUUCAGUUGCUAGUUUGACAAGUCCCUCAAAAGGGGAGGCAACUGCAACUAAUUUAUUACAAAGUUUGUUUGGUCAAAUUGAUCAGGCACAUGUACAACAGAAAUCCCCGUCACCUUCUGGUGGUGUUAACCGAACCACACCACCACAAGGUAAAUCUAGUGCUUCUCCUAUAUGGAGUAUGACUUCAAUAGUGCAAACAAAACCCUCUAACACAUCUCCUUCAUCCUAUGCUCUACCAGGAAUGCCUAAACCAGUUCCAGGGUACCAGAGUAUUAAACUAUCAGCUUUCAAUAAAGAGACAGGAGGAAUACAACCACCACCACAUUCUCCUACCAUGAAAUCUUUGCUCCACAACAGCAUACCUCAGGGCCUUGUUAACCAUCCAGGAAAUAAUUUUGUUCCAACAAGUCCUAUAUUACCAGGACAACCAAAUGCUAAUUUACAGAGUCAAGCAGGAUUUUUCCCACCCUUCACCACACAACAAUCAACUUAUCCCUAUGGAACUUACUAUACAGGUAAAUCUUCAAAUUCCUCACAUGGUUACUGACAGAAGAUUUGUUUACUAAAUCCAACAGAAGAUAAAAUGCAUGUGCCAGUUAUUUAUAGUGUUUGUAGCUAUAGCGACACAGACAUUUAAUUAGGGCAUACAUUAAUUUUUGUAAUUGUAAAGUUUUUUUACGUAAUUUAAAUAAUUUCAUUUAUCAUCUGGAAUUUGUAAUUAGAAAAUGAAAUUAUUAAUCUAAAUUUUUGACACACUCGACUGUUAUAAAAUUACAAUUAUAAAUU